AUGUACCCUACAAGUUGUGAUCUGACUAUGCUGGAGGCAAACAUCCCUGAAGAUGCUUUAACAUCAGUGGAGGUCUCCCAUGUUGAGACAGGAACUCUGUUUGCUGAAGACUGGGAAAUACAAGGAGAUUUGGAAGACCUCUGUGAUCUAGAAGGAUCAGAAUAUUCCUUCCAAACAACCAUGGAAGAGCUUGAGGAAAAUCAGAAAGAUAUUCAACUUACUUUACAGGAACCCCAGAAUAAUGAUAACAAGAAGCAGCAGCAGGAAAAGAUGACAGUAAAAGAGAGAGUUUGGACACAGUGUCAUAUGGCACAUUUGGACAUGAAGGAAGGAACCAGUGCUUUCCAGUCAGAAGUAUCUACCAGUGUAGAGGAGCUGGAACAGCUCUGUGGCAAGGAGGUCACAGCAGCUGAUAUUGAGCUUGAGAGGAUGAGGUGGGAUUUUGUGCUGGCUAAACUGAAAUAUGAACACGAGGAUAAUGAAAAGCAAAGGCUUCAUGAAGAGAGAAUGCAGCAGAUUCAUCAACAGGCAGUAAAACGAUCGUUUAGCCGAGGACUCCAAGACCUACUCUGGCCCCCAAACCCGUAUGCCUUGUUCCUAUACUGCUUCAUCGUUAUUCAUGUUAUUUAUACAGUAAAGGAGCUGUCCUUCUACUUUUUCCAAACCCAUUAUCUGUUCUGUUUUGCUAUUGUGGUCUUUUACAUUCUCAAAAAGAUUUUCCAGGAUUACAAAAAUAAGAAGAAAUAUUCUUAA